AAGCCACAUUUAUUAUGAGCAUAUUUUCAACAUAAUUUAACAGUUACAAUUAUUUUCAAGUUAUAUUCAAUAGUGCAUGGGAAGCGAAAUAAAAAAAUUGCUUUAUAGUUUAAGAUUACACAGUAAAGAAGCCCCAAAAACUAUUUAGGUUGAAGGAAUAUAAAUAGAUUUUUUUUUUUCUUCAGUAGCCGAAGACCUAUUCCAAAUGUAACAGUUUAAAACAGUCUGAAAAAUGUUGCAUUCAAGAUGGAAUUGAAAAAGUGAGAGUUCAAAUUUCUCCUUUUCAAAAGUUCCUUGAGUGUGAACGCCUUUCUCUUUUUUCUGGCUGCCUGUUUGCCUUCCUCCUCACCCGGGUCCGCCUCUUAUGCAAACAAGGCAGGCCGUGAUUGGUUGUGCUUUCUGAGGUCCCCCCCGGCCUCCGCUGAGGUCUUUUCAGUCUGGAGCUUUUCAGUGUGUGAGCGUCUUGCUGGUGGAUAAACACCUUCCGUUCCUUCUUUCUCUGCCACCGUCUGUCCGUCUUUUCACGCCUCCGUUUUGGGCGCUCCUUGCAUGUCGUUUCCGGUGGGUUGAUCGGCAUUCUUCUUGCUAGUGGCGGGUGAGUUGAACAAAGGCUCUUGUUGUCAUGCGCACACAUGGAUGCUCACGCAUGGACCAAAGCUCCUGAAGCCAUUAGAUUGAUCUGGAUUCAAUGACGUUGGCGUUCUUUUUAUUUUUUUGUGGAGGUGGAUUUCUUGCGGAUGCUUGACUAGAACGGGUGUCAAACUUUGUUACCGAUGGAGCUCCAGAGCGCCAGUGCUCCGUUCUCGGCUCCCCUGUCCCCCAUGCAGGACUACAAGAGGCCCCUUUCCCCUUCCGUGGUCCCCGGCCGGAUCCCCGCGCGGAUGUCCAGCCCGGGGCCCGGAGGGGACGAGGAUGGGGGCGGCUUCUCGGGCCAGGCGGUGUUCAACUACAACCAGCUGGAGGGACGCUUCAAACAGCUGCAAGACGAGCGUGAGGCGGUGCAGAAGAAGACGUUCACCAAAUGGGUGAACUCUCACCUCUCUCGAGUGUCCUGUCGCAUCACCGACCUCUACGUGGACCUCCGCGAUGGCCGCAUGCUCAUCAAGCUGCUGGAGGUCCUCAGCGGCGAGAGACUGCCCAAGCCCACCAAAGGCCGCAUGAGGAUCCACUGCCUGGAGAACGUGGACAAGGCCCUGCAGUUCCUCAAGGAGCAGCGCGUCCACCUGGAGAAUAUGGGCUCGCACGACAUUGUGGACGGCAACCACCGCCUAACGCUGGGCCUCAUCUGGACCAUCAUCUUGCGAUUCCAGAUCCAAGACAUCAGCGUGGAGACAGAGGACAACAAAGAGAAGAAGUCGGCCAAAGAUGCUCUGCUGCUCUGGUGCCAGAUGAAGACGGCCGGGUACCCAAACGUCAACAUCCACAACUUCUCCACCAGCUGGAGGGAUGGGAUGGCCUUCAAUGCCAUCAUCCACAAACACAGACCGGACCUGAUCGACUUUGACAAGCUGAAGAAGUCCAACGCGCACCACAACCUGCAGAACGCCUUUAACCUGGCCGAGCAGCACCUGGGCCUCACCAAGCUGCUGGACCCCGAAGACAUUAGUGUGGACCACCCCGACGAGAAGUCCAUCAUCACUUACGUGGUCACGUACUACCACUACUUCUCCAAGAUGAAGGCACUCAAGGUGGAGGGCAAGCGCAUCGGCAAGGUUCUGGACAACGCCAUUGAGACAGAGAGGAUGGUAGACAAGUACGAGUGUUUGGCGUCGGAGCUCCUGGAGUGGAUAGAGCAGACCAUCAUCAUCCUCAACAACAGGAAGUUUGCCAACUCGCUGGUGGGUGUCCAGCAGCAGCUGCAGGCCUUCAACACCUACAGGACAGUGGAGAAGCCUCCAAAGUUCACGGAGAAGGGCAACCUAGAGGUUCUUCUGUUCACCAUCCAGAGCAAGAUGAGGGCCAACAACCAGAAGGUGUACACGCCUCGUGAGGGAAAACUCAUCUCGGACAUCAACAAGGCGUGGGAACGUCUGGAGAAGGCGGAGCACGAGCGCGAGUUGGCGCUGAGGACGGAGCUGAUUCGCCAGGAGAAACUGGAGCAGCUGGCGCGCCGCUUUGACCGCAAGGCGGCCAUGCGGGAGACGUGGCUGAGCGAAAACCAGCGGCUGGUCUCGCAGGACAACUUUGGCUUCGAUCUCCAGGCAGUGGAAGCGGCCACCAAAAAGCACGAGGCCAUCGAGACAGACAUCGCCGCCUACGAGGAGCGCGUUCAGGCGGUGGUGUCGGUGGCCCGGGAGCUGGAGACAGAGCGCUACCACGACAUCAAGCGCAUUGCGGCCAGGAAGGACAACGUGAUCCGCCUGUGGGAGUACCUGCUGGAGCUCCUGAAGGCGCGCCGGCUGAGGCUGGAGCAAACGCUGGGCAUGCAGAGGGUCUUCCAGGAGAUGCUCCAUAUCAUGGACUGGAUGGACGAGAUGAAGAUGCUGCUGCUGUCUCAGGAUUACGGCAAACACCUCCUGGGUGUGGAGGACCUGCUGCAGAAGCACGCCUUGGUGGAGGCCGACAUUGGGAUCCAGGCCGACCGCGUCCGCAAUGUCAACGCCAACGCGCAGAAGUUUGCCGGCGACUCCGACGGGUACAAACCUUGCGACCCUCAGGUCAUCAGGGAGCGCGUGGCCCACAUGGAAUUCUGCUACCAGGAACUCAGCCAGCUUGCGGCUGAGCGGCGAGCGCGCCUGGAAGAGUCGCGCCGCCUCUGGAAGUUCUUCUGGGAAAUGGCCGAAGAGGAGGGCUGGAUUCGCGAGAAGGAACAGAUCCUCCCCUCGGAGGACUGCGGCAAGGACCUGACAGGUGCCCUGCGGCUGCUGAGUCAGCACAAGGCCUUGGAGGACGAGAUGAGCGGACGUGCCACCCACUUGCAGCAGACCAUCAAGCAAGGGGAGCAGCUGGUGGCCGAUAAGCACUUCGGCGCCGACAAGAUUCAAGAACGCAUCCAGGACAUCCGGGACCAGUGGGCGGCGCUGGAGCAGCUCUCGGCCGUCCGCAAGUCUCGACUGCAGGAGGCCUGCAACCAGCACCAGUUCCAAGCGGACGCCGACGACGUGGACACGUGGAUGCUGGACGCACUGCGCAUUGUGUCUAGCGUGGAUGUGGGCCACGAUGAGUUCUCCACGCAGGCGCUGGUGAAGAAGCACAAGGACGUGGCCGAGGAGAUCGCCAGCUACCGGCCUGUCAUCGACGCCCUGCACGAGCAGUCGCGUGCGCUGCCGCCCGAGAAGGCGGACUCUGGGGAGGUGCAGAGCCGUCUGGCGGGCAUCGAGGAGCGUUACAAGGAGGUGGUGGAGCUGGCACGCCUCCGCAAGCAGGCGCUGCAGGACGCGCUGGCCCUCUACAAGAUGCUGAGCGAGGCCAGCGCCUGUGAGCUGUGGGUCGACGAGAAGGAGCAGUGGCUCAACGGCACCGACAUCCCAGACAAGCUGGAGGACCUGGAAGUGGUCCAGCACCGGUUUGAGAGUUUGGACCCCGAGAUGAACAAUCAGGCCUCGCGGGUUGCUGUUGUCAACCAGGUUGCCAGACAGCUGAUCCACAGCGAACAUCCUGGUGAGAAGGAAAUCAAGGCCCAGCAGGACAAACUCAACACCAGGUGGAGUCAGUUCCGGGAUUUGGUGGACCAGAAGAAGGAGAGUCUGAGCUCGGCACUGGGAGUGCAGAACUACCACCUGGAGUGCAACGAGACCAAAUCCUGGAUCAAAGAGAAGACCAAGGUGAUCGAGUCCACCCAGGAGCUGGGCAACGACCUGGCGGGCGUCAUGGCGCUGCAGAGGAAGCUGACGGGCAUGGAGCGAGACCUGGCCGCCAUUGAGGACAAGCUGGGCGACCUGGGCAAGGAAGCAGAACGCUUGUCCUCAGAACACCCGGAACAAUCUCAGGCCAUCAAAGGCCGCUUGGACGAGAUCACCGGCGUGUGGGAGGAGAUGAAGGGCACCAUGAAGAACCGUGAGGAGUCGCUGGGCGAGGCCAGCAAGCUGCAGCAGUUCCUGCGCGAGCUGGACGACUUCCAGUCAUGGCUGUCGCGCACGCAGACGACUAUCGCAUCCGAGGACAUGCCCAACACGCUGGCCGAGGCCGAGAAGCUGUUGGGCCAACACGAGGCCAUCAAGAACGAGAUCCGCAACUACGAGGAGGACUACCAGAAGAUGCGCGACAUGGGCGAGAUGGUGACGCGGGGCCAGACGGAUGCGCAAUACAUGUUCCUGCGCCAGCGGCUGCAGGCGCUGGACACGGGCUGGAACGAGCUGCACAAGAUGUGGGAGAACCGACGCAACCUCCUCUCCCAGUCGCACUCCUACCAGCUCUUCCUCAGGGACACCAAGCAGGCUGAGGCCUUCCUCAACAACCAGGAGUACGUGCUGGCCCACACGGAGAUGCCCACCACGCUGGAGGGCGCUGAGGCGGCCAUCAAGAAGCAGGAGGACUUCAUGACCACCAUGGACGCCAACGAGGAGAAGCUCAGCAGUGUGGUGGACACGGGACGACGGCUGGUUGCUGACGGCAACAUCAAUACCGAGCGCAUCCAGGACAAGGUGGACUCCAUCCACCAAAGGCACAAGAAGAACCGAGCGGCGGCCAGCGAUCUCCUCAUGAGGCUGAAGGACAACCGGGACCUGCAGAAGUUCCUGCAGGACUGUCAGGAGCUGAGCCUGUGGAUCAACGAGAAGAUGCUGACGGCUCAAGACAUGACAUACGAUGAGGCACGCAACCUGCACAGCAAGUGGCUCAAGCACCAAGCCUUCAUGGCCGAGCUGCAGUCCAACAAGGAAUGGCUGGACAAGAUCCAGAAGGACGGCGAGGCAUUGAUGGCGGAGAAGCCCGAGACUGAAGCCAUGGUGCACGAGAAGCUGGCCGGGCUGAAGAAGAUGUGGGAGGAGCUGGAGUCCAGCACGCAGAUCAAAGCCGAGUGCCUGUUUGAUGCCAACAAGGCUGAGUUGUUUGCGCAGAGCUGCGCCGACCUCGACGAAUGGCUGGCCGGCUUGGACGCGCAGCUGCAGUCGGACGACUACGGCAAAGACCUCACCUCCGUCAACAUCAUGCUCAAGAAGCAGCAGAUGCUGGAGAGCCAGGUGGAGGUGCGCCAGAAGGAGGUGGACGAGCUGCAGAGCCAGUCGCAGGCGCUGAGUCGCGAGGGCAAAGGCUCGGAGGAGGUGGACAGCCAGCGCAGGAGCGUAGAGAGCAAGUUGGGCACACUCCGGGCACCGCUCCAGAGCCGGCGCGACAACCUGAUGGCCUCCCGCGAGAUCCACCAGUUUAACCGCGACGUGGAGGACGAGAUCCUUUGGGUGGAGGAGAGGAUGGCUCUGGCCACGUCCACAGACCACGGCCACAACCUCCAGACGGUGCAGCUCCUGAUCAAGAAGAACCAGACCCUGCAGAAGGAGAUCCGGGGCCACCAACCGCGCUACGAUGACAUCUUUGAGCGCAGCCAGCACAUCUUGCGGCAGGAGAGGCCCACAACCGAGCUUCUCCGCCGGCGUCUGGCCGAGCUGCGCUCGCUGUGGGAGCAGAUUCGCCAGGAGACGGAGAAGCGCCACGCUCGCCUCAGCGAGGCCCACGAGGCGCAGCAGUACUAUUUUGACGCUGCUGAGGCCGAAGCCUGGAUGAGCGAGCAGGAACUCUACAUGAUGUCCGAGGAGAAGGCCAAGGACGAGCAGAGUUCGGUGGCCAUGUUGAAGAAGCAUCAGAUCCUGGAGCAGGCGGUGGAGGAUUACGCCGACACCGUCCACCAGCUGUCAGCAACCAGCCGAGGCUUGGUGGCCGCCGAACACCCUGACAGCGAGCGCAUUGGCAUGCGCCAGUCGCAGGUGGACAAGCUAUACGCCGGCCUCAAAGACCUGUCGGAGGAGCGCCGAGGCAAGCUGGACGAGCGCUUCCGCCUCUUCCAGCUUAACCGCGAAGUAGACGACUUGGAGCAGUGGAUCGCCGAGAGGGAGGUGGUGGCCGGCUCACACGAGCUGGGCCAGGACUACGAACACGUCACCAUGCUGCAGGAGCGCUUCCGCGAGUUUGCUCGGGACACGGGCAACAUCGGGCAGGAGCGCGUAGACGGUGUAAACCGUCUGGCAGAUGAGCUGAUCAACGCAGGGCAUGGCGAUGCGGCCACGGUGGCAGAGUGGAAGGACGGCCUAAACGAGGCCUGGGCUGACCUACUGGAGCUGAUUGACACGCGCACGCAGAUCCUGGCUGCCUCCUUCGAGCUGCACAAGUUCUACCACGACGCCAAGGAAAUCCUGGCCCGCGUGCUUGACAAGCACAAGAAGCUGCCCGAGGAGCUGGGCCGCGACCAGAACACAGUGGAGACACUGCAGAGGAUGCACACCACCUUCCAACACGACAUCCAGGCGCUCGGCACGCAGGUGCGUCAGCUUCAAGAAGAUGCCAUCCGUCUGCAGUCAGCGUACGCAGGCGACAAAGCAGACGACAUCCAGAAGCGAGAAGGAGAGGUCUUGGAGGCAUGGAAGAACCUUCUGGAAGCAGCCGAGGGCCGACGGGGCAAGCUGGCCGACACGGGCGACAAGUUCCGGUUCUUCAGCCUGGUGCGAGACCUCAUGCUGUGGAUGGACGACGUCAUCCGACUCAUCGAGGCGCAGGAGAAGCCGCGUGACGUGUCGUCGGUGGAGCUUCUGAUGAACAACCACCAGGGCAUCAAGGCCGAGAUCGACGCACGCAAUGACAGCUUCACCACCUGCAUCGAGCUGGGAAAAUCUCUGCUGGCCAGGAAGCAUUAUGCCUCGGAUGAGAUCAAAGAAAAGUUGCUGCAGUUGACGGACAAGCGGAAGGAGAUGAUUGACAAGUGGGAGGACCGCUGGGAGUGGCUGCGACUGGUGCUGGAGGUGCAUCAAUUCUCGCGGGAUGCGGGUGUGGCCGAGGCCUGGCUUCUGGGCCAGGAGUCCUACUUGUCCAGCCGCGAGAUGGGCCAGAGCGUGGACGACGUGGAGAAGCUCAUCAAGAGGCACGAGGCCUUUGAGAAGUCGGCUGCCACCUGGGAGGAACGCUUUGCUGCCUUGGAAAGGUUGACCACGAUGGAAUUAUUGGAAGUGAGAAGAAGGCAAGAGGAGGAAGAGAGGAAGAAGCAGCCGGCGGCGACCGAGGCGACACCCGCCGCGCAGCAAAGGGAGGGUGACGUGGCGAGUCAGAACGGGCCGAGUGGCGAGCCGGACUCCACCAGGGAGGAUGGCGAGGCGAUGAACGGUGUGUCAGAGCCCAGCCCCGCCGGGUCCCCUGGGGCCACCCACAAAGGCAAAGCCGGCCAGCAGGCGGCCACGCUGCCCGUCAAGAGCCAACAGGAGGCGCUCUCGGCCAACUCGCAGAUGGAGGGCUUCCUGCACCGCAAGCAUGAAUGGGAAGGCCACAACAAGAAAGCGUCCAGCAGGUCGUGGCACCACGUGUUCUGCGUGCUCAACCACCAGGAACUGGGCUUCUACAAGGACCAGAAGAGCGCCGCACAGGGCAUCCCCUACCACGGCGAGAUCCCCGUCGCACUCAAAGACGCCGCCUGCGAGGUGGCGCUUGGAUACAAGAAGAAGAAACACGUCUUCAAGCUCAAAGUCACUGAUGGCAACGAGUAUCUCUUCCAAGCCAAAGAUGAUGAGGAGAUGAACUCGUGGAUCUCCAGCAUCUCAGCGGCCAUUAUGGGCGAGAAGGGCGAAGUGACUCCAAGCAGCCACAGCACGCCGGCGCCCGCCGCCACCCGUGCCCACACCAUGCCGGCCUCGGCGGGUCGCACGGUCACCGUGCCCACCUCGGCUUCGGCCGAGGUGGCGGCGGCUGAGUCCAGCCCGGGCAAGCGCGACAAAGACAAAGAGAAACGCUUCAGUCUCUUCAGCAAGAAGAAAUAAAUACCAACAACUAAAUCCUCAUUCCCCCUUUCCUCUUCUUCCUCUUACUGUUCCCGUUGGUCCCUGUGGUGCCGAUCGGCUCGUUCCCGGCGGCCUGUGGGCUGUUACUGUGUCAACCCAACUGUCUCGAUUUUACGCCGCUCAUAGUCGUAAAAUGUCAACUAUGACGAAGACGUCAUGACGAUAACCACUUUAGUCUCGUGUAACCUUUCCACUUUUAGCCGCCUGGAUGCUCCCACGGAUUCCUCUUGUUCCUCUUCCUCCCUCCCUUUCCUCUCGCCCUUCCUCUUUGUCUUCUUCCGAUGCGAGCCACGCCCUCAUGGGUCCCCUUGGAGCCCAUGUUGUCCACUCUGUGCCUAACGACAAUCCUCCCCGGCUCAGAGCUGUACGUAGUCCUGCUUCAAACUAGUUUUUGGUUUGUUUGUUUGUUUGUUUGUUUGUUUGUUUGUUUGCUUAGUUUUGGUUUCAUACUGGUCCCGUCCAAGUUUAGUUCUGGUUGGACCCAGGUUUAAUCCUGGUGCAAACCCUAUUUUGGUUCAGUCUGGGUUGUACAGAACUAUGUUUUAAUCUGAUUUGGUCCAAGUCUAGUUAACCACAGAUUGGACCAUUGUUUGGGCCAAAUGGGAUCCAGAUUUGGUCAUUGGACUGGUCUUUAAUCCUAGGUUUGCUCCAUUUCUGGUUUAGUCCAAGUUUGCUCCUGGUUUAUCUGAGAUUUAAUCAUUGGUAGAUGAAAUUUAAUCCAGGUUUGGUCUAGUCCGGGUUUAAAAUUUGUACAGUGAAUUCAAUCCAGAUUUAGUCCUUGUUUCUACCAAUUUUGGGUCUGAUUGGGACCACUUGUGGCUUGAUGACAGCUUGUUGAAGGUUUUUGAGUGGUCCCGUUCUGUCGUGGUUUCAUGGUGAUCCUGUUGGGCCGCGACUAGUUUUGCUUGGUUUAUGAGACGUAUGUACAAGUUGUGUAUAAGAAAAACAACAAUCAACCUAUUCUCCAUGUUACAAAUGUGUGUACUCUACAGAAUUUAGUUCACGUUUAAACCUCAUUUGGUCCCAAUUUAACCCAGAUUCAAUUCAAUUCUGCUUUAAUCCCAGUUCGGUCUCCAAUCCUGGUUUUGUCCUUGUUGAAUCCAGAUCUGAUUCUGUCCAGAUAUAAUCCUGGUCCAGGUUUUAAUUUUACCUGCUGAAUAUGUACAAGUUGUGUAUAAGAAAUACUAAUCUGCCGUAGUCUCGCCUCUACUAAUCUGCUUGAUGGACUGAAACUUUGUCAGUGAAGGAAGAGUAAAACUGAAAAGGAUUUUGAUCUUCCUGACGUGUGCUGGCCUUUCAAAACUUUUGUCUUCUUCUCAUCACAUUUAGAAACACUAAAGUCGCUUGGCGCUUUUUGAUGGUUGCUUGCGUUUUUUUUGGUUCUCAUUUCCUUUUCUCUCUCUUCCAAUGAACUGCUGACCAGAACAAGUACCUAUUCUGCCUGGUAACAAAGCAGCCAAUGAGAGGCAGCCUGGCUUUUGGGUGCGCUCCUUCCCCACAUCUGACUGGCACUUUUUUCCUAUCCCUCCCAAUCUUUUCAGCGUGUAGUGUGUAUGCGCGCCGUGCCGUGGUCACCGUAAACGUAGUAACCA